GCAACACCCGGUUCCUCUAAAUCUCUUAUCCGCUGUUUGAUGAUUUUGUGAACGUCUUAAACGGAUGACAGUUCUUCAUUAAAGACACCGAUGCCUCAGAAGUGAACGUACUUCUCUACAUUACCGAUAAAAGUGGUCGAGAGAGGUGGAGAGAUGUCUGCCAGCGCGGUUUAUGUGUUAGAUCUGAAGGGGAAGGUCCUGAUUUGCCGUAAUUACCGCGGCGAUGUGGACAUGUCCGAGAUUGAGCAUUUUAUGACCCUGUUGAUGGAUAAAGAGGAGGAGGGCACAUUAUCGCCAAUUCUGGCUCACGGAGGUGUUCGUUUCAUGUGGAUUAAACACAACAAUCUUUACCUUGUUGCGACAUCCAAAAAGAAUGCUUGUGUCUCCCUGGUUUUCUCCUUCCUCUACAAAGUUGUUCAGGUGUUCUCGGAAUACUUUAAGGAGCUGGAGGAAGAGAGUAUCAGAGAUAACUUUGUGAUUAUCUACGAGCUGCUUGAUGAACUCAUGGACUUUGGAUAUCCUCAAACUACUGACAGCAAAAUCCUGCAGGAAUACAUCACUCAGGAAGGUCACAAGUUGGACACUGGUGCCCCACGACCCCCUGCCACCGUAACCAACGCUGUGUCCUGGAGGUCAGAGGGUAUCAAGUACAGGAAGAACGAGGUUUUCCUGGACGUCAUCGAGUCUGUCAACCUCCUGGUCAGUGCGAAUGGUAACGUCCUGUGCAGUGAGAUUGUUGGCUCCAUUAAGAUGAGAGUAUUCCUUUCGGGAAUGCCAGAGCUCCGUUUGGGUCUGAAUGAUAAAGUUCUGUUUGAAAACACUGGACGUGGGAAGAGUAAGUCUGUGGAGUUGGAGGAUGUGAAGUUCCAUCAGUGUGUGCGUUUGUCUCGUUUUGAGAACGAUCGCACAAUCUCCUUCAUUCCUCCAGAUGGAGAGUUUGAGCUCAUGUCUUACCGUCUUAAUACGCACGUGAAGCCGCUGAUCUGGAUCGAGUCUGUAAUUGAGAAGCAUUCACACAGCAGGAUCGAGUACAUGAUUAAAGCCAAAUCUCAGUUUAAGAGACGCUCUACUGCCAAUAAUGUGGAGAUUCAUAUUCCCGUCCCGACCGACGCAGACACGCCCAAGUUUAAGACCACGGUUGGCAGCGUGAAGUGGGUGCCAGAAAACAGCGAGAUUGUUUGGUCCAUCAAGUCUUUCCCUGGUGGUAAGGAGUACCUGAUGCGGGCUCAUUUCGGGCUCCCCAGUGUGGAGGCAGAAGAUAAGGAGGGAAAACCACCAAUCAGUGUGAAGUUUGAGAUCCCCUAUUUCACUACAUCUGGAAUACAGGUGCGUUACCUGAAGAUCAUUGAGAAGAGCGGAUAUCAGGCCCUUCCAUGGGUUCGAUACAUUACCCAGAAUGGAGACUAUCAGCUGCGGACGCAGUAAACGAAGUAAACGAGGGGCAUUAGUCCAGAGCAUCGUGGGUGAAGGCUCUCUCUGCUCUGCAUGGGGUUAGACGCACAUCUGCAGUAUCGACAAGAAUUUAGUGAUUUGUACAAUUUAAAAGAAUCGAAUCUUCCCGACAGGGAUUCUUAGAUUUUGACUUUGAUUUAUCCAAUAUUUGCUAAUCAAACUAUAAAGGUCUAUACAUUGAAAAAAUAGCUGGUGAAUCUCAUGAAAACACAUGCAGGUCUCAUUUCACCCUGAAAUCAAAAGAUAAGAUAUAAGAAAAUAGACUUUGAAUGUAUAUAAACACAGGCUAAUUUUUAGAGCCAUUACGAGUUUUUGCAUGACAGUGAAGCACAUUUCCCCCCUAAUUUUAACUUUUGAGAUUUUGUCAUUCUUAUUAUUCUCAUUACUGGAUUUAACUCUAGUGUAUCACAGUAAAAAAAUGAAAGGCAGUAAAUUAAAUACGAAUUGAAAUGAUUUAAAAAUUAAAAAAUGCUACUUUUGAUUGUGACCUGGAAAUGUUCUCGACAGGUUUCGUGAGAUUCACCAAGUUGAUUUUUCUCAAUACAAUCAUUGAUUUGUAGCUAUUCGAUGUGCUUUAAUUGCAAUAGUGCAGAUGGGUGCGUUCAAUUCAAGUGUUGUUGUAAUGGACCAUCAGUGUGUGUGUGUAUAUGUGUUUGACGGUAAACAGCAAUCACGUUCCUUUACAUGUAAUUAAAACCCUGUUCUCACUCGGCAUCAACAGAAACAACAAAAUUCAUAACUAUCAGUAUAUCGAGGGAGCUUUUAUACGUCACAUUUCAGAAGAGAACGUUUUCAUACUGUAAAUGCUUCACGUUUUGAAACGGAUUUAUUUACCUUAUAAUAUUGAUGUUCAACCGUGCAUUCAAUAACAUGUCAAAAGUGUUCGUUGAGAAGUCUUAAAAAGGUCAAAUUAACCUAUUUAAUUCCUUCGCUGUCAUGCUUCUAGGUCAACUUCAUUUCACUCAGUGUUUCACAUCAGGACCAUCCUGAAAUGUUUUUUUAUAGUCAGUGUUUUUGACGUUAUUCCUGCACAUCGAUUCAUUGUGGUAUUAAUAUUUUGUUUGGUUUAUUUUUGCUUUAAUUUACAUUGAGGUAUAUUUCUCAGUAUUAUUGGUUACAGGAGUUUUGGUCUCAGUACCUCGUAUACGUGUUCUGCACUGCUAAAACGCAUGAAUUAAAUUUUAUUUAAAUUGUCUCUUCGCAAAUAUUACAAAAGUUACAUUUAAAGUCAUUCUUGGUGCCUUUUAAAAAAAAAAAAAAAAAAAAAAAAUUGUUGUAUUCAUUUGCCUUGAGAGUGUAGAGUUUGAAGGUUACCAUAUUUACAAUGGUGCUGCAUGCUGUGGAGCUGAAAUGUAACAUACUGUAAAAGCAUUCCCUCAAUGUUCCUGUAUCUCAAACUCAAAAUGCAUCUGUCUGUACAUGUCAAGCAUCAUAAACUAUCUGUUAAUAAAGUACCACACCUGAU